AUGAGGUUUUAUUAUUGAUGCAUUUAGGUUGCGAUGGAACAUGAGGAGACAUUGGCAAAUAUGGCUAGGAAUACACGUCAGGGUCAAAUGAAUCGACGGACUGGUAGUAACAAUCGGCGAGGGAAUGUGACUAAUAAUGGUAGUGGUUCUCAAGCAGUCGGAGGAAAUCAAGGGCAAGAGUUGGGACAACAAGAACAAGCUGCAAUCCCCAAUCCAAUUGAAAUGGUUCAAGUGCUUCAGACGUUGGCCGGGGUGGUGCAACAACAAACCACCAUAGGGAUUAACUUGACUAGACUUAUGGAGCAACAACAGCGGAUGCAGCCAGGUGUUGGGCCACAACCAAGGCCACGUUGUAACAUUACUAAGUUUAAGAAGAUAGCCUUGGCAUUUGACGGAGCCACAGACCCUUUGGAGGCUGAAAAAUGGUUGACAAAAAUGGAAUAGUUGUUUCACGUUUUUGAGUGUACGGAUGAUCAGAAGGUGACCUAUGCUACGUUUAUGCUACAAGGGAUAGCUAAUGAUUGGUGGCAGAUGGAGAAGCGCAUACACGAGCAUGAUGCCAACCCCUAUACAUGGGAAAGGUUUAAGAAUGCAUUCAAUGAGAAAUACUUCCCUAGGAGUGUUCGUCUACAAAAACAGAGGGAAUUUUUGAAGUUAGAGCAAGGGAAUAAGACGGUUGCAGAAUAUGAAGCUGAGUUUACGAAGUUGUCUAAAUUUGCAUCAGCAUUUGAAGCAAAUGAGGAUAGCAGAGCACGAAAGUUUGAAGGUGGACUAAGAACGAACAUUAUGCAACAGGUGGUUCCUUUCGAGUUACCUACUUUUGGAGCAGUGUUGAAUAAGGCUUUGUUGGUUGAGAGUGGCCUCACUAGAGCCCAAGAAGAGAAAGAAGAGAAUUAUAAGAAGAGGCCUAGUUCUUCCAACUUCCAAACUAACAGCUCGAAGGGCAAUGCUAAGAGACAAAACACUUCUUCGGUUGGGAGUUGGGGAAGUCGAACUAUGGGUAGUAGUGUUGAUAAGAAGAAUGAUCGGGUACAAUGCACUAGGUGUAAUGGAUUCCAUCGGGAUAGUGAGUGUCGUUGGAAUACUGGGGCUUGUUUCUCUUGCGGGCAAUAG